GCCCAGCCAGUGCAGCGCACAUUCUCUCUCUCUUUAUUCGGUCGUUUUACAGAGCUGUGCUCUAUCCCCCUCUUUUGAAAUCUCACCAUCGUUCGUUGUCAAUCGAUCAUCAUGAAGUCCUUCGUUACUCUUUCUCUCCUUGCCACUGCGCUGGCUGCUCCGACCCCGACCCUCCACGGGCGUCAAUUCGACCUUUCAUCUCUGCUGUCGGGGUCCAGCUCCGGGUCCAGCACCUCUUCUGAAUCUAGUGGUCUGAGUGGGUUGGCCUCGCUGUUCCCUAGCAGUGGUUCGACCGCCAGCGGUAGCACCGACACCAGUGGCAGCGCCAGUGGUCUGAGCGCGCUGAGCUCGUUGUUUCCCAGCAGCAGUGGCAGCACUGGCACCACCAGCUCUACCACCUCCAACGGUGUCACUUCCAACAGCGGCUGCAAAGAGAUGACCUUCAUCUUCGCGCGUGGAACCUCGGAGAUGGGCAACAUGGGCAGCGUGGUCGGACCCGAGGUUGCCUCGAACCUGCAGUCCCUGACCGGUAACAAGGUGACCGUGCAGGGUGUGGACUACCCCGCCGACUGGGCUGGUAACAUGGCCCUCGGCACCGCGGGUGGCUCAAAGAUGGCCACGCUGGUUAAGCAGGCUCUGAGCGAGUGCCCCAACACCAAGGUCGUGCUGGGCGGAUACUCGCAGGGUGCGAUGGUGGUGCACAACGCGGCCAGCCAGUUGAGCGCCGGUCAGAUCCAGGCUGCCGUCCUGUUCGGUGACCCGCUCAAGAUGCAGUCCGUCGGCAAGCUCUCCUCCAGCAAGGUCAAGGAGUUCUGCGCUCUCGGCGACCCGGUCUGCGAGAACGGCGCCAAUGUCAUGGCUCACUUGUCUUAUGGAAGCAAUGCUAAGGAGGCCGCGCAGUUCUUGGUUAGCGCUGUUGGCUCUUCCUAG